UCUCCUUCUCCUCCUCUUGCCACCACCACCAUCUCCUUCGCAGAGUAAGAACACACUUUACCAUUAUAAAAGGACGGAUCAUGGCAAUUAUGGCAUGGGUCCAGCCAUGAACAACACCAACACUAUAGGAGUGAUGACGACGAUGCAAUCCACUCACAAUAUGUUGACGCACAUGACCUUCUUCUGGGGUAAGAAUGCUGAAAUUCUCUUCGAUGGCUGGCCUAGCACCAGAACCGACAUGUACGUUUUGGCCUUGAUAUCUGUGUUUGUCUUUGCUUUUUUCGUUGAGUGGCUCUCCCAUUGCCAAUUGAUCAAGCUUGGCUGUACCGACCUGGCUGCCGGUUUAAUCCAGACUUUAUUGCACGCUUUCCGGAUUGGUUUGGCCUACCUGCUCAUGUUGGCUAUUAUGUCCUUUAAUGGUGGUGUUUUCUUGGUGGCUGUGGCCGGCCAUACUGUUGGGUUCUUGUUUUUUGGGAGUAGGGUCUUCAAGAAAUCGCCACCACCUGCAAAAGCUUCUGAUCUUCCCCCUAUGUGUUGUUGAAUGUUGUCCAGAGGAAAAUGGUGUCUGGUUCUUGGGUUUGCAUUUGCAGAUUCUCCAAUGAUUACAUGUCUUGAAAGAAUAAUUACACGUAGAAUUGAAUAUGAAUAGUGUUGGAUUGAGGUGUACGAUCUGUAUUGUUAAUGAAAGUUUGUCAAAAUAAGCCUAAA